CCAUUUUACGUCUCUACCCCUGGGAGCAAAUGUGUUGGACCUCUACAGACUACAAUCCAGAAAGAUGGGUUCCGCAGCAGUGCCUUCCAAUCCGACGUUUCCUCGUCCACAGGGUCCCACCACCCCCCGCCUCAUCGCCAACGCCGCCGUUCUCCGCCUCGGUAAUUACCUCCACCGCCGCCUCCGCCUCUCCUGUACACUCCGCUCAUCAUCAAGAGUAUAGGCUAUAGAUUUGGCGUUCCAGCGUUUAAGGCGCCUCAAUUUGAUGGUUUGGAUCUUCUGGACUGGUCACAGAAUGUGCUGCCCGCCACUUGUUGUAAGAGCUUUUCGUUGCUCGGAGGAGAUGGAAACCUAAAGCCUUCCAAUGAAUCUGUUAACUCGUCUCGCAGUUCCGUAUCUAACGAUCGCAAAUUAACUAAUCUUCUCAUAGGCAUUAACAUAUUGUGAGUGUCAUUUUUCUCAGUUGAACUCCAACUUUGAAUUCAAUUGGUAUUAGCAGAGCUUCUGAAUUGUUGUUAAUCGUAGUUUCUUAUUGGUAUUGAUGAUUGCUAGUUAAAUUAACCUUGGUCCAAUAUUGUUAGUAAUUUGGUGUGUAUUAUGAUAGCUAGAAAAGUUAAAUCUAUCUCUCCCUCUACAUUGUCAUCAGAGCUUAUAUUGCUCAAAUUGGAACAAAAGGGCAACUAUUGACUUGGGGAGCUAAGGUCAAUAGACUAAUUGACAAAGGAGAAAUAUGGAGGUUGCUGACAUGUUCAUUCAUGCAUGCAAAUGCUGGACAUCUCCUGGUCAAUUGUUAUUCCUUAAAUUCAAUCGGUCCAGAGGUGGAGAAAAAUAGUGGUCCUAUAAGAUAUAUUGCUGUUUAUAUGAUCUCAGCACUUGCAAGUUCUACAUGUAGUUACUGGUUCAGCAAAGCACCUGCAAUUGGUGCUUCUGGAGCCAUUUAUGGACUGGUUGGAUCUUUUGCUGUGUUUGUCUUGCGACACAGGGGGAUACUCAAGGGAACUGAAGGAAGGCUUAAAUAUAUAGCACAAACAAUUGCUCUAAAUAUGAGUAUUGGGCUUUUAUCAAAAGGCAUUGAUAACUGGGGACAUUUAGGAGGGUUAGUGGGAGGAGCUGCGACCGCAUGGCUGCUUGGUCCUGCAUUGAAACUUGAAUACGAUGGCAAACAAAGAUUCUUGACCGAUAAAGCGCCAAUUUUCUCUUUCAUCAAGGGCAGAAAGAACACACCCUGACUUAUAUUGAAGUUAUUUGUGGGUUUCUUACAGGAAGCUGGGAAAUUCUAUCGUACACCUUUGGGAAUAUUGGACAUCAACUACAAAUCAAUGAACACUCGUUUUCCGAUAGUAAGCAUUUUAACGUACAAUGAUUGUGUACAAAGUGAACAGUCAUUUGUAAGGUAUUAAUGUGCCUACAUUGGUACCAUAGAAUAACUCUAUUUUUAUAGGUUUUCUUUGUGUAUAAUGCAUUGGUGUGGAUCCUUGUGAUAUAUAAGUUAGGGU